AUGGCCGCGCGAAGACUCCCGUCGCCCACGCGAUCCAGCGGCGUUUCCUUGUCGCCGGGAGCACGGGGAUCUCCGGAUAUAUUCCAAUAUACCAUGCUCAUGAAGUCGGAGGGGAAGAUGUCGCAGUGGAUCAACGUUCUGAAGCUGUUCGAGCACAUGUUGAGCCGCCAGAUCCGGGCGGAUUCCAUGUGUUGCCACACGGUUCUUCGUUCCUUCCGUCCCUGGCAGUUGGCCCUCAGUUUUCACCGCAGCACGUCGCGACGGAUGAUCCACCCAGAUGUCUUCAGUUGCAACGCUACACUGGAGCUCCAGAAGUCCCAGUGGCAGCGCUCUUUGGAGGUCUUGCAGCAGAUGAAUCCUACGAGGUUGCUGCCUGAUAUCAUCAGCUACACUUGCGCCAGCAAUGCAGUUGGCAGCGCCAACACGUGGCCACAGGUGCUGAAUCUCCUUGUGGCCAUGGAGCUUGCCACGAUUCCCCUGGAUGUGGUCCACUAUACGGCCGCCUUCAACAGCACGAUGCCCUGGUGCCUUCUGCUGCAUUUGUUGGAAAAGAUGUUUGAUGCAGAAGUCAAACCUGACGUCAUCAACUACAACUCAGUGCUCCAUGCUUGCGAAGAAGCCUCACAAUGGCGGCUAUGUUUGCACUUCCUGCAGGACAUGUGCAACCUUGAAGUUGCACCUGAUGUCAUCACUUACACUGUUUAG